AUGGCCGACGAUGGCAUGUUUUUGAACUUCUCCGUCGACGAGAACCUUGUCUCUGCCGUUGCCAAUAAGACUCAGAAGUUCAGAGGUGGGUCGUGGAGAGACCGACUGAGAGCGAAGAGGUCGGCGCAGAGAGGGGAAAGAGGCGGAAGCCAGCAGAGAAGACACGAUGCAAACACGGUCCCUAUAGACCAAGACCGCUUUGAGGGCCGAAGAAAUACACAUACGCACGGGAGUCAAUCCGGUGAAUUCCCAGUCACUCGACCGGCCAAGAGGAGACGUGAAAAUGGACAUGUGCCCGACUCAACACAAGUUCAACAUGGCCCGCAGAAACGAAGUCAUGAGCAGAGGCCACCGAUAGCAGGCCCUCGCGAGGUCAUUUCUUCGCUCUUCACCUACAACCCGAAGCCAUCGACCGCUGUGGAGGAGCCCAAGGAGGACAAGGAAGAAGGGAAGCCGACGGUGCCUUCUAACGCCCCUUUGAUCGACGGCAUCGACACCUUUACCUCUCUUGGGCUUUCCCCUACCAUAGCCACGCACCUUUUGACCAAGAUGAACCUCAAAAACCCGACGGCGAUUCAGAAGGCAGCGGUUUCGCAAAUGUUGAAGGACGACAGCGACGCAUUCAUACAGUCGGAGACCGGCUCCGGGAAGACGCUGGCGUAUCUACUCCCUCUGGUGCAGCGAAUCAUGACCAUGUCAGAACAGGUCGCCGAAAAGCACGAAACUCACACACAAGAUUCCUUGGCGUUGCACCGCGACUCAGGUCUAUUCGCCAUCAUUCUGGCCCCGACCCGCGAGCUGUGCAAACAAAUCUCUGUGGUUCUUGAGCGCUUGCUUGGUUGUGCGCACUAUAUCGUCGCCGGCCAUGUAAUUGGUGGCGAAAAGAAGAAAUCCGAGAAAGCCCGCAUGCGAAAGGGUCUGAACAUCCUGGUGGCGACGCCUGGUCGAUUGGUAGACCACCUGGAAAAUACGAAGGCGCUCGAUGUGAGUAACGUCCGCUGGCUGGUCCUGGAUGAGGGGGAUCGGUUGGUGGAUCUGGGGUUCGAAGAGGACAUCACGAAGAUUGUGAAGACUUUGGACCAGAAAAAGAGGCCGAGGGGCAGCAGCAAGUGGCCGGGUCUGCCCGAAAAGCGAACAACGGUGCUUUGUUCGGCGACGCUGAAGAUGAACGUACAGAAGCUGGGGGAGAUCAGUCUGAAAGAUGCCGUCCUGAUUAAGGGUGACUCCGGAGACAGCGACGAACCAGGACAGGGAGAGGGCGCCGGCGACGCGACGGCAAAUGGCAAUGUCACAAGGGAUUCCGCAUUCCUGGCUCCCGCCCAGCUCAAGCAGUCCUAUAUCAUCGCGGCGGCAAAACUCAGGUUUGUGACGCUUACGGCAUUGCUGAAGCGAACUUUUGCACGCAAGGGAUCAGUCAUGAAGGCCAUUGUUUUUGUCUCUUGUGCGGAUUCGGUCGAAUUCCACUUCAAGGCAUUCACGACCGCAUUCGAGGGAGGAGAUUCUUCAGAGGAUAAGGGACCAAGCCGUGAAACUCCUGAGGGAGACUCUGAAACACAAGAUCUUGAAGCUGGGAAACCGUCGCCAACCUCGACGAGUGACCCAUCCGUCUCCGACUCGGUCUUACCGUCUCCUACCUUCUCAUCUUCGCAUAACCAAGUUACACUUUACAAACUGCAUGGAUCUCUCCCUCAGAUCACGCGCACCAACAUCGUCAAACGCUUUGCCGGCACAACAGCGCCAUCUCUAUUGAUUGCCACGGACGUGGCCUCUCGCGGCCUCGACCUACCCAAUCUUGAUCUUGUGAUUGAAUACGACCCGGCAUUCAGCGCUGAAGACCAUUUGCAUCGGAUAGGACGCACCGCUCGUCUGGGACGUGAUGGCAGGGCCAUCAUUUUUCUCCUGCCGGGCAAGGAAGAAGGCUACGUCUCGGUAUUGAAAAGCUCGUACAAGACGGGAUCCGACACCGUGGCGAAUGUCACUUCCAUGUCCGCCGAGGAGGUGCUCAAGAAGGGAUUCACACCGCUCAGCGGCGUUAUCCCGACCAAAAACACAACCCACAAGAGCGAGAAGGGCGCAGAUUGGCAAUCUCGCGCCACGGACCUUCAGCUCUCGCUCGAGCGCUUCAUCUUGUCCUCCCCGCAGAACAAAGACCUGGGCAAGAAAGCGUUCCAAAGCCAUGUGAGGGCUUACGCGACGCACAUCGCCAGCGAGAGAAAGUGGUUCGAUAUCAAGGAGCUGCACCUGGGCCAUCUUUGCAAGAGUUUCGGCUUGAGAGAAACGCCGAGCGGGAUGGGGGUGGGGCGGAACAAGAAGGCUGGGUCGAAAAGGGGACGCAGCGCCAGUGACGGCGGUGGAAUGCGGCAUGGUCGCAGCGAUGGAGAGAGGAACGGCGAACGGGCGAGGACACGCGAUGCCGAUGUCGACAUGGACCAUACCGGCGAUGCCGACGAAGCGGCGCGGAAAAUGAGGGAGAAGAUCCGGAUGAACAGGAAGAUGAUGAUGGGGGGAACCGCGGACGAGUUCAAUAUCGCUUGA